CUCUCCCAGUUUGGAUGAUGUUGCUGAGCUCAGACCUUUUGUUGACUCCCACUCUGUGAUUUUUGCAGAGCACUGUGACUAUUACUACCAUCUCUUUUUGUCUGUGUCUCACAGUAAUGGACUGUGAUAGAGUUAAGGCCUUUUGGAGGUGAGCUGUUUGAGAGCUGAUGCUUAAACAUGUCUGAAGUAGCUGCCGACACUUUCCCCAGCCCCUCAGCUCAGCUGAGCCCUGAUGCGUCCCUCGACGGGCUCCCGGCUGAGGAGAACAUGCCGGGGACCCAAAGAGAGGACAGGAGGGUCCAGGGGAUAGCAGGCCUUGCUGCGACCUGCUGUGUGUGCCUGGAGGCAGAGCGACUGAAGGGCUGCCUCAACUCUGAAAAGAUCUGCAUCGCCCCUAUCCUGGCUUGCCUGCUCAGCCUUUGCCUCUGCAUUGCUGGCCUCAAGUGGGUCUUUGUGGACAAGAUUUUUGAGUAUGACUCUCCUACCCACCUUGACCCUGGGAGGAUAGGACAAGACCCAAAGAGCGCUGUGGAUCCUACAGCUCUGUCUGCCUGGGUGCCUUCGGAGGUGUAUGCCUCACCCUUCCCCGUACCUAGCCCCAAGAGCAAGGCUGAAGUGACAGUGCAAAGUGACAGCUCGCUUGUGCCCUCCAAACCGUUCCUCCAGCCUUCUCUGUAUAACCGCAUCCUAGAUGUUGGGUUGUUGUCCUCUGCCGCACCUUCGCUGUCACCACCUGCCCUGGAGCCUACCACAGCAUCUCAGGCGCAAGCAACAGAAACCAAUCUCCAAACUGCUCCAAAACUUUCCACUUCCACAUCUACUACUGGGACAAGUCAUCUCACGAAAUGUGACAUAAAGCAGAAGGCCUUCUGUGUAAAUGGGGGAGAGUGUUACAUGGUUAAAGACCUCCCAAACCCCCCAAGAUACCUGUGCAGGUGCCCAAAUGAAUUUACUGGUGAUCGCUGCCAAAACUACGUAAUGGCCAGCUUCUACAAGCAUCUUGGGAUUGAAUUUAUGGAAGCUGAGGAACUGUACCAGAAACGGGUGCUGACCAUAACUGGCAUUUGCAUUGCUCUUCUAGUAGUUGGCAUCAUGUGUGUUGUGGCCUACUGCAAAACCAAGAAACAGAGAAAAAAGUUGCAUGACCGCCUUCGGCAGAGCUUGCGCUCAGAAAGGAACAAUGUGAUGAACAUGGCCAACGGGCCACACCACCCCAACCCGCCGCCUGAUAACGUCCAGCUGGUGAACCAGUACGUUUCAAAAAAUGUAAUCUCCAGUGAGCAUGUCAUCGAGCGAGAAACAGAGACCUCAUUUUCUACGAGCCACUACACCUCAACAACACAUCACUCCGUGACAGUCACCCAGACACCCAGCCACAGCUGGAGUAAUGGCCACACUGAAAGCAUCCUCUCUGAAAGCCACUCAGUGCUCGUCAGCUCCUCCAUGGAGAACAGCAGGCACACCAGCCCAGCAGGACCCCGGGGCCGCCUCAAUGGCAUUGGUGGACCACGGGAAGGCAACAGCUUCCUCCGGCAUGCGAGAGAGACCCCUGACUCCUACCGAGACUCUCCUCACAGUGAAAGGUAUGUCUCAGCUAUGACCACACCAGCUCGCAUGUCACCAGUUGAUUUCCACACUCCAACUUCUCCCAAGUCCCCCCCCUCCAAAAUGUCGCCACCAGCUUCCAGCUUGACCAUCUCUGUCCCUUCAGUGGCGGUGAGUCCUUUCAUAGAAGAGGAGCGACCACUGCUCCUGGUGACCCCACCACGGCUACGUGAAAAGUACGACCACCACCUUCAGCAGUUCAACUCCUUCCAUAACAACGCCACCCAUGAAAGCAACAGCCUGCCACCAAGUCCUCUGCGGAUAGUGGAGGAUGAGGAGUAUGAGACCACGCAGGAGUACGAACCAGCACAGGAGCCUCCAAAGAAACUCACCAACAGCCGGAGGGUCAAAAGAACAAAGCCCAAUGGCCACAUUUCCAGCAGGGUGGAAGUGGACUCUGACACGAGCUCUGAGAGCAGCAGCUCUGAGACGGAAACCGAAGAUGAAAGAAUAGGCGAGGAUACACCGUUCCUGAGCAUACAGAACCCCAUGACGACCAGUCUGGAGCCAGCCGCUGCCUACCGGCUGGCUGAAAACAGGACUAACCCGGCAAAUCGCUUCUCCACACCAGAAGAGUUGCAAGCAAGGUUGUCCAGUGUGAUAGCUAACCAAGACCCUAUUGCUGUAUAAAACAUAAAACACAUAGAUUCACAUGUAAAACUUUAUUUUAUAUAAUGAAGUAUUCCACCUUUAAAUUAAACAAUUUAUUUUAUUUUAGCAAUUCCGCUGAUAGAAAACAGGAGAGGGAAAAAAACUUUUAUAAAUUAAAUAUACGUAUGUACAAAUGUGUUAUGUGCCAUAUGUAGCAAUUUUUUACAGUAUUUCAAAAUGGGGAAAGAUAUCAAUGGUGCCUUUAUGUUAUGUUACGUUGAGAGCAAGUUUUGUACAGUUACAAUGAUUGCUGUCCCAUAGUAUUUUGCAAAACCUUCUAGCCCUCAGUUGUCCUGGCUUUUUUGUGCACUGCGUUAUAAUGACUGGAUGUAUGAUUUGCAAGAAUUGCAGAAGUCCCUCUGGUCGCUUGUUGUAGAAUCCCCAGAUCAAAAAGCCCUGUAAUGGCACUCCCCCCUACCCACCCCACCAGAAAUACACACACACAGAGAAAAAAAAAGAGGAAAAAAAAAAAAAGCUGAAAAACAACAAAAAAUAUUUUCUUCUAUAAGAAGUUUUAUUUGCUUUCCGUAUAUGAAAUGAGUUUUGUCUGCUCUCUGCCAGCCAAAAGGUUUGCUUCUUUGAGCACUGGGAUAAUAGUAGAUCCAACAGCAUGCUACUAUUAAUUACAGCAGGAUAACAAAAAAAAAAAAAGAAAAAAAAAGAAAAAAAAGCCAACCUGCAUUAAAUAAUGUUACGUAUAGAAAGAAAGUAAUACUGUGAUUUUAAACCAAAUAUAUUAUUAAUCAGAGGUCAGCUUGUAAUCACUAGGAGCUGCCAUUUCAUUAUUUUCCAGAUAUUAAUUGUUCUAGUUAUCCCUUAGAAAAUGGGUUUAGGUUAGCUGAGGCUUUGAACCCAAUACUCAAUUAAAAAAAAAAAAAAAAAGGAAAAAAGAAAAAAAAGAAAAAAAGACAAAAAAAAGAUUUAUAUUAGUUUAAGUUAAUGGGGCAAAUAUAGCGGAUAUCUGUAACCAAGCAAGGAAGAGAUCUAGCUGGAAAACAAAUGCCACUAAUAAAAGUGCAAUCAGUUUUCACCUCUAUUUUUUAAUGUUGAUUUCUAAUAGAUGAUUUAUCCUUUUGUUUCCUCUCAAUUUUCUCCCCUUUCUUCUCCUCCUCAGAAAGAACCCCGACAAACUUCUGGCAAUACCUUGUUAGAGUUGCUGUUGGAGUAAGGGUUACUCUUGGACACAGAAAUGUCUUUCAGGGAAGAACUGAUUUGCUGACUCAUUAAAAAGUAUAGACAAGUAGGAAGGACAUAGUGGAAGUAUGGAGUUUGUUUCUACUUGCCUUUAUUGACUCCAUUAUUUGGGCUGAGAGAGGCAAGGCUGAUGGAAAAGCCCAUUUACAAUGGCAAGCACACCAUGUGGAUUACAGCCACAGUGUGCAUGGCUAUUUGAUAUCAGUGUUUAGAUAGCCAGUGAUGGCCUUGAAGUCUUUGACUAGUAAUGAACAAGGAUGCUGUCAGUGCUGGAGCAGUUGCAUCCAUUCAGACAGAAGCAAAUGGCCUCUUUUGCACUGAAUUCCUAUCAGUUUAGUCAGGGUCUCUCUGCCUCUUCUCUUCUUUUGAUUUCUGUUGUGUGUUCAGUUGGCACAGCAUAGACUCAGGAUUGAUGUGGAAAACAAAUGUUUUUCCUAGACUCCGGGGAUUCUGAAAAUGAGAACAUAUGUUCUACAGGUAUUACUGAACUUUAAAUAAGAGCCAUGUCAAGAGAAAAGGAAUUUCAGCCAAACUACACUCAUCCUUUGGGCCACAUCGUGGUCCCAGUUAAAUGAAGAGAAAUAAGUUAAGGAAAUUUUGUGAGAUGUAAACCUGAAGAACUGAAGUUCCUCAGUAAAUUGUUCAAGCAUAUGCUUAUGCUAAUCCCGGCAAAAGUUAUCUUCAGCAUGUGCUAGACUCCCAUUGACGCAUCCAGCGCAUGCAUAAAGUUAAGCAUACGCUUAAGAGUUUUGCUGAACAAGGUGUCCAAUUGAUUUGAGACCUGAAAGCAAAGUCUAGUAAAUAAAGCUGUUUAUCAGGAUGAUAAAAAUCAGUGAGUUGCUCACUGUAUAAAUCAACAACAUCACAUUAGUAAGAACAUGGGUAAAUCUACCUGGCCACCAGAUUCAGCAAAAAAAGAACAAAAAGCCUCAGUACAGGAAGAAGAUGAUGACAAAGUUGUAUGCUAGGAUGUUGGUGGUAGAAGCAAAAGGCUAGGAAACUGGCAUGGCUUUGGGCUACAUGGUGGCUGAAAUAGCACUGCUUAUUUGAGAAGUCUAUGGGAGAUGGCAAAGUUUGUCAAAUACGUUAUAUCUGGAUUUAAGUCCCCUUUGCUGUUUUUUCCCUAGCUGGCAUGUACUUGAACACACUUUGCCUUUGCAGACUAAAACAAAAGCUCUCUACAAAUUCUAGAUACCAUACACUCAUUUUCAUCCCUUUAGUCAUGCCUAUUUAUCUGCAGUCCCGUGCAGCAGAACAUCCACCUCCCCAGUAACUCUGCAACUCAGUAGCACAGAGGGCCAGGUGGGCUUUCCUGAUGCAGACCACCAGUUUCCAAAGGAUUUGCACUGCUGAGUUUCCAGAGGCACUUAAAAAUCUGUUCUUUCAGUAAGGUCUCUGAUACUGCAAAGAUCUUACAGGACAGAUAAGACAGAAAAAGGAUGGAAGAGGAACAAGAGAUUUGCCCAAAAAUCACCCAUUUUAGUGGCAGAAUAGAGAUUAUAACACAGGUCUUCUGUAAUCUCCUCCAGUAUAGAUCAUCCACAAGGCCAGCUCUCGUUGAAGUGUCUGUGAUAGCCCGGACAGAUUAAUCAGGAUGGAAAGGGAACUUGCCUUGGAGUAAAUUAUUUGAGUACUAACACUGUUAUUAUAAAGGGCCAGUAUAAAACAAAGGAGCAACUGCAUGCUUGGGAGCUGUACACGUGAGAUUUAUUUGGUGUAGGUCUCGGGGAAAAUGUCACACUUCUUCUGUUGCAGUGCCUCAAAGUCAAAGUGUUGUGUAGUCCCUGCUCCUCCUCUGCCUGGUACAUAUAGUAGUGUGUUAUAGAGUAUGCAUGAAAUUGGGCUGGGGACUUCACAUGGACCUAAGAACAAGAAAAUACAAUUGGGGAUAUGGCUGCCUAAGCCCUUAGGUCUUUGGGGAGACCCCAGCCUUACAGCACAAUUCAUGCAACAGCAAGAUACAGGAGUUGCCCUGGCUUGGCACUCACAGAAGUGGGAGCAGGACACGGUCCCUCACCUCUGGACUUGCUUGUAGCACACUGUGAGGGUGCUCCACAUCAGCCAAGUCCACACCCCAAAGUUAGCAAGUCUACAUGGCCACAGGUUCUGCUGGCAGACUGCAACAGCUCCUGCUGGCCAAGGGGCUGGCGACUGCAGCAGCACGGAGCAGAGCCAGCAAGUGCCUCCGGGAAAGGCCAGCUCCCCUGUUGGGGAUAUUCGCUUCAUUAACCAGACCUCUGAGCUAGGCAGUCCCAACACCCUUGAGCCAUCACUGUGUAACCCUUGCCAACUUCUGGCUGAAAGUCAUGGCAAGGAGAAAUGUACUUUGAAGGGGGAGGGGGAAAUAUUCCAGUGGUGGCAGAGUUGUUCAGAUUGUCCUGGUUUCUUUCCAUGUCAUUUAACUUGAGCCGUGAGUUUUCCCUGCGUAUGUGUUUAUACGCAGGAAUUAUUCCAGGAUAAAAAGCUUCCUUCAGGGGUCUAUAGCUGGGAUAUGUUGUGCACAACCUGGCACAGCCUGCCUGUUCAGCUCGUGUAAAUCAUUACAGCUCCACAGAGGUUCUCAUGUAACAGAGAAAACCUACUCCCUCAUCUUGGCCCAGCUAUUCCCUUCCUCACUUGAGCCACCCCAACACUCCCAGGUUUAAGAGAUCAAUCACUGCCUUUAUCAGGGAAAUGGAAAAGCUCCUUCUCUUUCCAGUCCUCCAAAACAACAACACUGCAUCUCCCUGCUUCUCUCACACACAUUGCAAGCAGUUUCCUGAGCAUCCAGGACAGCAAACUUGCAUCCCCUCAAAGGGCACACUUCUCAGCCUGUUGAACACUUCUUGGCCCUGCAGUGUGGCUACUUACCAUCAGCUGGGACUUACUUCUAGUAAGAAACAAAAAAAGCACCUAUGAAAUGCUGCAGAGAAGGGCAGACAAAGAACAUGGCCAAUUAUCAUCAUUUGUAACUCUCUAUUCUAUUGUAAAUACAUCUUGUACAUACUUGGAUGUUUUCAUCAUUUACUGUCUUUAUGGAUUAUGUGUUAAAUGAGACUCUCUUAGUUUAUUGUGUAACACUGUAAAUAACAUAACGUCCUUUAUUAUUUAUGCAUAGGCAUCUAACACGCGGAGAAAGUUAUCCUCAUAUUAUUUUAAGAUAUAUGUCAAAAAUAUGUUGCAUUUUUCUUUUUGCUUUGAAAAAAAUUGUAAUAUAUCCUCUUUUUCCCCUCUUUUCCUUUAAAAGAAAAAUGAAUGCUAAUUUAUUGUUCAGGAGAGAAAGGGGAUGUAACUGAAAGGCAAACUGUUCAAAGAACAUGCUAUGGAAGCCACAAGCUACUGAUAAACUAAAGAAUUUAUUAUCCCAAAUACAGCAAUAAGUAAUUGUUGAUUUAUUAAGGUUUUGUUAUUCAUUUUCAGUAAAAGAGGUGCUGGAUUAAAUUGUUUAUGUGUUGUACUGGCCCAGCUGCUCAGCAGACUGUGUCAGGUCACUAGCCACCAUCUUUCUGGAUCCAAAGAGUGUUGUAAAGGUCUUGUUCUGUCUUUGUGGGCCACUGUUCCCUGAGUUUAUGACCUGUCCCUAUGGAGGUCUUUGACAGACACUCUUGUUCCUAGGUACAAGAUUUUUACUUUCUUAAAUUAGAAUUAUUAGCUUUACCCUGACCAUUACUACUCAAGGUGGAUGAGGGAUGGUGGGGAGCAGAAAUGACACAGUCUUGGGUCUGCGAGAGCCUACUCUACAAAAAUGUCACCUCACUGCUCAGUAACAGUCAAUAAAGCAAAUCAGAUACUAGGAAUUAUUAGAUACCAUCACCACGCCACUCUAUAAAUUCAUGAUUUGUGCAGAUUUCAACACGAGUGGUCCUCUGGUCUUCUUAUCUCAGAACAGGAAUAGUGUAACGGGGAAAGGUUUGGAGGGCAACAUGGGUAAACAAAUAUCUGCAGACAGUGAGGUCCGGAGGGCACUGAGUGGCCUAGGGCUCAUUAGUCUGGAAGAAGGGACAGCUGAGGGGAGGUAUCACAAAGGUCUAUGGAAACAUAAUUAUCUUGUAGAGGGUAGGAAAGACUGGCUGUUCAGUACCUCCUCCAACACAAUAAAUUGAGUUAUGAAUCAAAACUACUGGGCACCAUAUUCAGAAAUAUGUGGCUCUUCAUGUAAGGUCUAGGGAACUUGGAGAACUCUUUGCUGCAAGAGGUUGUGGACUGUAGAAGUUUCCAUGGGUUCAAGGGGGAUCCAGACUUUAGACAGUAAUCCAAUGAGAAUUACUACAUCCACGUACUCCACAUCAGAUGUGCGAAAUAUCUGAGCUGAAAACGUGGAAGUUAAUGAGGUGGAAAUAUUGUGUAUACUUGCCCUGCUCCUACCCUUCUCCAUCUAUCUGCCACUCCUGGAGAGAGGGCAGGGCUGUCAUUACAUCAUAUUAGUAUGCAAAGCCAUUUGCUAUUGACAAGCAUGAAAGAAGAGGAGGAAAGCUAGGAGGGAGCAAAGGAGGGAGGAAUGCAGCAAAGACAUCUUGGAUGUGUUUCACAUCCAUUUGUUCCCAGGCCUGGUAGAAACAUGGAGGGAGGGAGGAAGGAAAGGA